AGGCGCAGCUGGGCCUAGGCGCUCUCUUCCGCCCCAGGCCUGGCAGCAGCAGCAGCAGCAGCAGCAGCGUCGAGAGGCGCAAAGAGGACCAUCAUCCCCUCAGCCGGCGGCCCAGGUGAAGAGGAACCGCCCUCCGCCGAAGGAAGGAAGGAAGCAUCACCCACACUUCAAAUCCAGUUCCUGGGCCAGGGCUAGUAGAGAGUCAGCCAUGACAAGCUCUCCUGUCUCCAGAGUUGUAUACAAUGGCAAGCGGAACAGCAGCCCUCGCUCUCCAAGCAAUAGCAGUGAGAUCUUCACUCCUGCACAUGAGGAGAAUGUGCGCUUCAUAUAUGAAGCAUGGCAGUGUGUGGAACGGGAUCUCCGCAGCCAGAUGGCAGGUGGUGAACGAGGACUCGUGGAGGAAUAUGUGGAGAAAAUGCCAAAUCCCAGUCUGAAGGCUUUCAAACCUGUUGACUUGAGUGACCUAAAGCGGCGGAACACACAGGAUGCUAAGAAGUCCUAAAUGGCUGGGUCUGGCCCAGCCCUGAGUGCUGGCAUGUGGCCACUAGUACAUGAAUUUGAUGACUUUGUGUUGGUUUCCUCCUUUGAUCUGGAUUGUGCCUGGGGCUGGCUCUGAAUUUUCUAGGAAGGAUUGGCUUCUCACUUCUCCUCCACUGCAUCCCAUGGCCUGGGCUGCCUGCCUUCAUUCUACAACUGGGCCCAGGAUUUCUCCUUUUUCCUUAGUAAAUGACAUUUUACUUUGGUAAUGACUGAGAAGUUGGUGUGUGUCCUGUCUGACUAGGAGUGUGGAAUAUGGCAUAAGAAUCAGGAGCAAUCAGGCCUACUCUCUCCUUAUAUUUUUCUCAAAGCCCAGUCCUCCUUAGGGACAAGCUGAGAGAGGUUGAUGGGACAGAAGUAGUACGAGUUGCUGUAGUCCAUCUUAACAAUACAACUUGGGAAUUUAGACUGAGUUUUCAUACAGUACCUGAACUUUCAGUUUGGAGGUGAAAGGGUGUUGUACUGCACUGCCUAUAUGAUAAAAGCCAAGCCCCUUGGACAGCGAUGGGGAAGAGCAUAAAACAGACUAUAGUCCCAGGAAAAACUCCUUGGGAUUCUGUUGUAUUGGACAGGACUUAGUAGUUUCCCUUGCCCUGUGAUGAGAAAGUACUCGAGGUUCUACUGGCUUUACACCCUGAUGACUUGGCAGCCUCAGCCGAGGGUGGUGGGGAUCAGCAGCAAUAUUUCUGAACUAGCCCCAGAGCCCAGCCCCCAUGCCCCAGCAAUGUUUGGGGGAUAGCCAUGGUAUGUGCUGAGCACUGGCAAAUGGCAGAAGUGUCUGUGCAUGUGUCCAGCCCAAGCAGUGAUGUUGGGGACCCUACUCAGAGUUGGUAGGCAAGGGGCAUGGUGGCUGUUGCUUUCCUUUUUGUUAUGUCCCCUCUUGGUCUGUGUCUGUCUUUAAGGAGUGUUGUAAAUAAAAGCUGGUUAGUCAUUUUGA